UAAACGUCAUUUCCGGAAGGUUACCGGAUGUUAUAUGUGGCUGUGAGAAGAGUCGUUGCGCAAUGUCUGCCAUUUUCAAUUUCCAGAGCCUCCUCACGGUUAUUCUUCUGCUCAUCUGUACCUGUGCUUACAUUAGAGCCCUGGCUCCAAACCUCCUUGAUAAGAAUAAGACUGGGGUUUUGGGCAUAUUCUGGAAGUGUGCAAGAAUAGGUGAACGGAAAAGCCCCUAUGUUGCAUGCUGCUGUGUCAUCAUGGCUAUUAGCAUCUUGUUUGGACAGUAAUAGUACUUUUGAAUCAGGAGGAAGAACAUCAAGAUUCAUUGGACAUUAGUGAGACCAUAAUUUACAAAUGAAAUCAUAGUUCUUUAUAGUGUAAGUGCACUCACAGAAUGUUUUUGAUGACCAAGGUCAGAGCAGCGGCUCUGCACGGUUUAGACCAAUGUGUCCUUUGGCAUUUUGUUAUUAUUUUUUAAGUUUCCUAAUGCUAGUUAGUUUUUCAAAUAAAUUAUUCAAAAGAGACUUCCUUUUUAAACAUUGUGUGUGCGCGUCAUUGAUUAUAUGUGACCUAGUGAUCAUUUAACAACAAUUUAAAAAAAAAAGUGUUUUGCCUUUGCUCAAAUGGGUUUAGUGGGAAUUUGAAUGUCUAGGAGAAUUUGUGGCAGCCAUGUUGGUGUUUAAUUAUUUUCCAUGCUGUUGUAAAAGGAUUCGUAAUUGUCUUUGGUUAGAUCUGUUGUAUAAAUAAAGUGUUGAUAUCUAACCUAGAUAGUUAACUACAUAUGUAUCAACAUAAAGGUUGACUGUACCUCAACGGAAUCAUAGAAUAUGAUUAUCCUUCAGGGAGAGUUUAGACAAAAUAAUUUCAUAAGCUUCGUGCUUGCAACUUAAAAGUGAAAUUGUUGAGUAUAUUUUAAAUUGUGUUUAUCUCAACAUCUUGAAUGCCAUCUUGAAUGUCUGAAGAUGAAUUUAUUUACUGUCAUCUUGUUGAAAUGGUUUAUUGAAAUAUAUUAGUUUAUAUGGUUUAUUAUUUAUUUUUAAAUUAAAGCUGAUUCCAUUGUUGUCACUAG